UUUCCGCCCACCUUUGGUCGGCUCAUGCUGAGUACUCCAUCCAACAUGGACCUCACUCCCAUCAGGAUCCGUGGUCGUCGCAAGCGUGGUCGCACGUCUGAUAAUCAAGACGCGUCGCUCAAGAUUCGUGACAGACCAUGGAAGGCUGCGCGCUUCAACCAAGCCAGCUCUCAACCCCUGAAGAAGUAAGUAUUGGCGCAUCAAGAAUAGUUUCCUUUCUUCAUCAUGAAAGUCUGUCAGUCAGAUUUCAUGCAGUAAAUAACAUCUCUUCUUUCAAUAGCAAAAAGAAAACAAAACGAGAUCCAACAUUAUCCAAGUUUGAGCAGCUUCCUACCGAGCUAGUCCAUGUGAUCUUUCAAUAUUGCAACAACAUUAGCCUGCCCUUGUCGUCGUAUGUCUUCGCCCGCGACUUGUCGUACCGCAAUACAUACCUUCGCUUUGCCGUCGACACAUUGUCCAAGGAUGAUGCAAGCGACGACAAGUUCGCCGACGCCGCCGCAGUCUCUCGCAUGCUCCAGUGCAAAUGGAUGACUUGGGACAUCUUCAAGGACGCUAUCCAAGAGAUACACAAAAGACGCCUGCCGCCAUCUUGCGCCUCAUCGCCCUCCGACUCAGACACAGAUGAGAGCGAUGACGAGGACGCGGAAGAAAAUCAGGAUGAGGAUGAAGCGCAGCGACUCGUCGUGCCUGUCCCCAACUUUUCCCACCCACAUAACCAACCACACCUACCCUAUCUCACCCUCUCUUCUUCGAUCCAGCCGCCUCAAUCCCUCCUACACGAACCUUGGACAACACCCAAACUCGAGUUCCUCAACUACCUGAUCUGGUCUGGCUGCACCAUCGACUGGACAUCCUCAUCUCGAGGCGAGACCGCUACCGCCGGCCUAGCAACAGCGAUUUCUGGCCACUCACAUACUGCUGUCGCACUACUCUGCUCACCAGCCAUCAACGUCGUCCCAGAUACUACCACGUUGAAGAUUGCAGUCAUGGACCAUGGUUGCAACCCCAGCGUGGUGUUUUAUAUGCUCGUUGCUGCCUUGCGCGCUCAUAUCGUUUCUCGUGCUUCUGGCGACUCUGCACCAGACAUCAAUUUCAGAGACCCAAGUCUAUGGCAUUGGGUGGAAAGAGUGGAGAAGGCUGGAAAUAGGAAGGGCAGAUGGUUGAAAGAGGUGUUGAGAUUUGCGGGUGAUAGAAUGAGAGCGAGUGUUUGGGACGAAGAAGCAUUUGAAGAGUUCAGACGUGUAGGCGGCAGAGAGGAAGAUGGAGUCGUCAGGGUAGAUGUGCCAGUCGUUGAUCUGGUCGUUCCAGAGGAAGAAGCCGAGCCUGCUGCCGCCGCUGCGAACUGAAAAGUAUCCCACUACAACAUUGUACACAUCAAUGACCUCUCUAGUAUUUACAUAUGGACUGCCACUGUCUCAACAAAUAUUCCCGCUUCUCUAUGGUUUGGUCAACGAC